AUGCAAAUCAGAAUUCACCAAAUUGGGCCAGGAAUGGUCCAACAGAUCCAAUCAAUGUGUUUGGAAUGCCAGGGUCAAGGAGAGCGCAUCAAUCCAAAAGACAAAUGUAAAAACUGCAAUGGGAGGAAAAUUGUAAGGGAAAAGAAGAUACUAGAAGUUCACUUGGAUAAAGGAAUGAGAGAUGGUCAGAAGAUUACUUUCCAUGGAGAAGGUGACCAAGAACCAGGUUUGGAACCGGGAGACAUAGUAAUUGUUUUGGAUCAAAAGGAUCAUACUUUAUUUACCAGGCGUGGCGAUGACCUUUUGAUGCAUAUGGAAAUUGAGCUGGUUGAAGCAUUGUGUGGCUUCCAGAGACCAAUCGCUACUUUAGACAGUAGAACUAUUGUCAUAACAUCCCACCCUGGUCAAAUAGUCAAACAUGGUGAUGUUAAAUCUGUUUUAAGUGAGGGUAUGCCUGUCUAUCGCAGACCAUAUGAGAAGGGACGUCUGAUCAUUGAA